CAAAUAAAAACUCAAGAUGUGUGACCCCUGCUGCGGACCUUUUGAGUGCUCUCCCAAAUGUUUAAAUGCAGCACAAUUGGAGGCAUUGCCACAAUGUGGUCCAAGGGCUCCGCCACCAUUCCCCAAAUGCAUAACAGUGCAACAGCCACCGCGCAUAAUAUGCAAAAAGCGUGUGGUUUUCACGGAGAAAAUCGUACCCGAGCCCAUGGUUGUCAAUCGUUGUCGACAGAUAACCGUACCCAAAGUGGUCGAUACCACGAGGGUGAUCAAAGUACCGAAACUUAUCUGGGUCUCGCAGAUGGUACGCGAGCCUAGAGUCAUUUAUUAUCCGUCCAUGAUACCAGAUCCCUAUGUGGUGUGUUUCCCCAAACGUGUGUGCGAGCCACGCGAAGUUUGCCAAUCGUUAUUGUGUCAACCGAAACCUCAGACUAUCGAUAUACCACCACCACGGGAAUAUUGUUGCUAUCCAGCUGGACCGAUAAACUUUAAGCCGAGUGCAGCCUGCCCGCCAUGCCCGAUGGGUUCGUGUGCUUCAAAAGCGCCUUGUUGCCCCUUGCCAUGUUUCGGAACAAAUCAAUAUCCGAUCGCUGAAGGAGGUUGCGGACCCUGUAGACCGUGUGGCCCUAAAGAUCCUUGUAGUCCUUGUGGACCUUCGUCUGCACCUUGUAACUCGUGUGGACCGUUUGAUCUUUCUUGUGGACCCUGUGGAGCGUUUUGUUAACCUUGUGUUUUUAUUGUGGUCCUCUUCAUAACACAUCUAAAUGUAGUCCUUUUUGUACACCGAAAUCAACUCGAGAUAGGAGCCUGGGAGACAAUUGUCGACACUGUCUAUCAAGCCCCGUGGAUGCCGUAGUCGUGAAUUGCGUUGUGGUAUUAUGUACACCACUUGUGAUUGUAUCAAGCG